AUGGUUGCCGUGACGCGCUCGCUCCUGGCGCUACUGCUCUGCCAGGCGCUGCUGGGCGGCGCGGCCGGGCUCAUGCCGGAGGUGGGUCGGCGGCGCUUCAGCGAGCCGGGCCGCGCCGCCUCGGCCGCGCAGCGCCCCGAGGACCUGCUCAGCGAGUUCGAGCUGCGCCUGCUCCACAUGUUCGGGCUGAAGCGGCGACCCAGCCCUGGCAAGGACGUCGUCAUCCCGCCCUACAUGCUGGACCUCUACCGCCUGCACGCGGGGCAGCAGCUGGGGCAGCCGGCGGCGCUGGGCUUCCCGCUGGAGCGGGCGGCCAGCCGCGCCAACACCGUCCGCAGCUUCCACCACGAAGAAGUUUUGGAAGAACUGCCAGAAAUGAGUGGGAAAACAGCACGGCGCUUCUUCUUUAAUUUAACUUCCAUCCCUAAUGAGGAGUCUAUCACCUCAGCUGAACUCCAGAUUUUUCGGAAACAGGUGCACGGAGCCUUUGAGAACAACAGCAGCUACCAUCACCGCAUUAAUAUUUAUGAAAUUAUAAAGCCAGCCACAGCCACCUCUAAGGACCCUGUCACAAGACUUUUGGACACCAGGUUGGUGCAUCAUAAUGCAAGUAAAUGGGAAAGUUUUGAUGUAACGCCAGCUGUUUUGAGGUGGAUUGCACAUGGACAACCUAAUCAUGGGUUUGUGGUAGAGGUGGUUCACUUGGACAAAGAGAAUAGUGCCUCCAAGAGGCACGUUAGGAUUAGCAGGUCUUUACAUCAGGAUGAAGAUAGCUGGUCUCAGCUCAGGCCAUUGUUAGUGACGUUUGGGCAUGAUGGCAAGGGACACCCGCUCCAUAAAAGAGAAAAGCGUCAAGCAAAACACAAACAGCGUAAACGCCACAAAUACAGUUGCAAAAGGCAUCCGUUAUAUGUGGACUUCAAUGAUGUAGGGUGGAAUGACUGGAUUGUUGCCCCGCCGGGGUAUAGUGCCUUUUACUGCCAUGGGGAAUGCCCUUUUCCUCUGGCAGAUCAUCUAAACUCAACAAACCAUGCCAUUGUUCAGACUUUGGUUAAUUCAGUGAAUUCCAAAAUCCCCAAGGCUUGCUGUGUGCCGACAGAACUGAGUGCUAUUUCCAUGCUCUACCUUGAUGAAAAUGAAAAAGUUGUAUUAAAGAACUAUCAAGAUAUGGUUGUGGAGGGUUGUGGGUGCCGCUAA